CCACCGCAGACCAUGUCGAAGAAGACCAGCUCGUGUAGCUCAGCGACGCCCGACGCUCGCGCGCCAGCAGCCGCAGCGUCUAACGAGGACUCAGGAGAUGGAGCCGCCAACGCAGCGAAGGGCGCAGCGACGGGGGCUGCAGCUGGGAUCGGUCUCUGGGGGCUGGCGAUGCCCGUGGCCAACCUAAUUGGCUUCACGACGUCGGGCAUCGCGGGCGGCUCUACUGCCGCCUCCAUGAUGUCGGCAGCUGCAGUGGCCAACGGGGGCGGCGUCGCCAGCGGCAGUGUGGUUGCAGUUAUGCAGAGCAUCGGCGCCGUCGGGUUAGCGACGCCCGUGGGUCUCGGACUCGUCGCUGGCGGAGCUGCAAUUGGAAGCGCAGCUUUCCUGCUGAACUCCAAACUGUCGACGCCCAGCCAAGAGCCAAAACCAGAUACGGUAGCUAAUGCCGAGGCUGAAGCUGAGGAGAAGGGGCUCUGGGUGCUCGUGGAGAUGUCGACCGAAUCGGGAAAGCCCAAGGUCCGCACUUUUGACGACGACUACAAGGCGCGCAACGCCUACUUGAACUCGUCGGCCAGCAGCAAGGCGCUGUUCGACCCCGAGCAGAAGAUCGUGCUGCAGCUGGGGUGGGAGCAAUAA